AUGUUACUGAGGGUGACAAGCAAUUUAAGUAUUGAUCUCUCGGCUUUUCAUACAACUUUACAGGAUAAUGUAAUAGUGUGUAGUGUUUUGAUGGGAUUGACAGCUGGUUUUCAAGCAUGUUUUCAUCUCUGUCCCUCUGUGUGUAUCUGUGCCUCUAUAUCCAAAUCCAUGAUGUACGCUCUGUUUUGCGGGGAAAUAAGGUUGCUUGGCUUCUCAUUUUUCUUGCUUGUGUAUUAGCCUUUCCUCUCCUGCCUUCGUGCAGAAAGGCUGCCUUAAUCCCCACCUUAAUGGCCCCAUUACACACCCGUUAGCCUCCCAGGGAGAGCAAACCCAGCCUUUGCCUACUGAAUAAACUUUGGCAGCUGGCUUCCCUUCUCCUUCCUGCCAAGCCAGGUCCAUCCUCCUCUUUUCUGGAAAGGGAUGUCAAAGGGAGAGAAUCCACAACCCUCCCCAGAAAAGGCUUGUGUGUUCCUUCGCACCUUGUUAGCGCCGCAAUUAGCCCUUCCUGAGUGGCCCAUUAGCAAGGGGGACCUAAUCCAUGGACCUCAUUGUGGGGCCAAGAGAUGGGCAGAAGCCUGGGUUAUAAGUGCAGCCUUGGAGGGGAGCCAAAUGGGAGGAGAAGUUAGAGGGAGAGAAAUCAGCCAUGUUCCAUCCCCAGCUUUUGCUUCUCCUGGCAUGGAUGCCCGCCUUCUCUGGCAGACCCUCCUCUCAUCUGGAGGCAGCAGGGGCCUCCGAGGGCACAAGAGCCCAGGCCCUCAAGAGGCUGCUGGAGGUCUUCGGCAUUGGGGACCCCCCUCAAUCUCCCCAGCACAUCAUCCGGCCUCCCCAGUACAUGGUGGAUCUCUACAACACGGUGGCCGAUGACGAUGGAGUCACCAAGGACCCGGACAUCUUGGAAGGCAAUACAGUGCGCAGCUUUUUGGACAGAACUCACAGUGACCAAAUGCGAUUCCUCUUCAUCCUGUCCAGUGUGGCAAAGAACGAGAGAGUCCUCACGGCUGAGCUGCACCUCUUCAAACUGCGGGCAAAAGCCACAGACGGACGUCUUCCCAGAAGGCAGCAUUUCUGCCAGGUGAGCAUUUAUCAGGUCCUUGACAAAGACAGCAUGGAUACCCCUGAAGGAAAGAAGCUACUGUCUGCUAAACUUCUUGCCGUGCAAGGAACCGGCUGGGAGGUUUUCGCCAUCACGCAAGCGGUCCGCUCCUGGAUGGACGAGGAGAGCAGUAACCAGGGGCUGUUGGUCACUGUGCGGUCCCUCGGUGGGCACCCCCUGGACGAUGGAGCCGUGCAGUUCGCGUCGGGCAGAGAUCACCACGAGAGCAAAAGGCCCAUGCUGGUUUUGUUCACUGAUGACGGACGUCGGGGUGCCCUAGCGGCUGGGGAAACCCAGCCAGAUGGGCGAGAAUUGUCCCUUCCUGGGCACCUGGCAGCCCCCAAAUCCAACGGCACGCGGACCCCUCGCUCAGUGGACAACCAGCUGCCUUGCCAGAGGCUCCCGCUCUCCGUGGACUUUGAGGAAAUCGGGUGGUCCGGCUGGAUCAUCUCCCCCCGGGGCUACAACGCCUACCAUUGCAAAGGUUCCUGCCCCUUCCCGCUGGGGGAGAACAUGAGGCCCACAAACCACGCCACCGUCCUCUCCAUCAUCAACGCCCUGAAGCUGAGCCAGGAAGUCAGUGGCCCCUGCUGCGUGCCGGACAAGCUGUUCUCCAUCAACCUGCUAUACUUCGACGACGAUGAAAACGUGGUGCUCAAGCAGUACGACGACAUGGUGGCGGGGAGCUGCGGCUGCCACUGAGCCACACAUAUCGCCUCCGUCGUGUGGGAAUGUUCAGGGAGGCAGGAGAGGAUAUGUUGUUUAUUAAUAUCCUUCUUAACUUGGGCUAGCAGAGUCUUUUGGUUGUUGUUGUUGUUUAGUCGUGUCCGCCACUUCGUGACCCCCUGGACCAGAGCACGCCAGGCCCUCCUGUCUUCCACUGCCUCCCGCAGUUUGGUCAAACUCAUGUUCGUAGCUUCGAGAACACUGUCCCACCAUCUCGUCCUCUGCCGUCCCCUUCUCCUUGUGCCCUCCAUCUUUCCCAACAUCAGGGUCUUUUCCAGGGAGUCUUCUCUUCUCAUGAGGUGGCCAAAGUAUUGGAGUCUCAGCUUCAGGAUCUGUCCUUCCAGUGAGCACUCAGGGCUGAUUUCCUUCAGAAUGGAGAGCUUUGAUCUUUUUGCAGUCCAUGGGACUCUCAAGAGUCUCCUCCAGCACCAGAAUUCAAAAGCAUCCAUUCUUCGGCGAUCAGCCUUCUUGAUGGUCCAGCUCUCACUUCCAUACAUCACUACUGGGAAAACCAUAGCUUUAACUAUACGAACCUUUGUCGGCAAGGUGAUGUCUCUGCUUUUGAAGAUGCUGUCUAGGUUUGUCAUUGCUUUUCUCCCAAGAAGCAGGCGUCUUUUAAUUUCGUGGCUGCUGUCACCAUCUGCAGUGAUGAUGGAGCCCAAGAAAGUAAAAUCUCUCACUGCCUCCAUUUCUUCCCCUUCUAUUUGCCAGGAGGUGAUGGGACCAGUGGCCAUGAUCUUCGUUUUUUUUAUGCUGAGCUUUAGACCAUAUUUUGCGCUCUAGCAGAGUUUACAUUCCCCUUUUAAACGCACAGUGGAUAGCUGGUUGCAGGCUUGUUUAAGCCUCUCAAUACAGUCAUACCUCGGGUUACAGACGCUUCAGAUUGCGUUUUUUCAGAUUACGGACUGCCGAAACCCGAAAGUACUGGAACAGGUUACUUCCGGGUUUUGGUGGCC